AUAAAGCUCUCAACGGCUCCCGGCUGUUGACGUCGCGCGCUCCAGGAAUUUUAUCCUGUCACCUGUUAGUACCUUCACAUUUUUCGUGUGAACAUACUAUUGUUGCUUUCAGUGUCGCCCUGGCAGCACCCGCCGACGUCAUGCAUCGGCUCGCACAAGCAUUGCUGGCCAUUGGCCUGGUCCGGGCCCAAACGUACCCAAACAACACAAACCCUACCAACAGCUCGAGUCCCUUGAACAACGCUGAGAGUCCACCAUUUUACCCUAGUCCGUGGAUCGAGGGAACUGGUGAUUGGGCUGAAGCUUAUGCUAAGGCUCAAGCUUUUGUGCGCCAACUGACCCUUCUCGAGAAGGUCAACCUCACGACCGGUACUGGAUGGCAGAGUGACAACUGUGUCGGUAAUGUAGGCGAAAUUCCACGCCUGGGUUUCAAGGCCAUCUGCAUGCAGGACAGCCCUCUGGGUGUUCGCUUCGCCGACUACGUCUCUGCCUUCCCUGCAGGUGGCACCGUCGCCGCGUCAUGGGACCGUGGCGAGUUCUACCGUCGAGGAUACCAGAUGGGCUCAGAGCACCGUGGCAAGGGUGUUGAUGUUCAGCUUGGUCCUGUUGUUGGCCCUAUUGGUCGCAACCCCAAGGGUGGUCGCAACUGGGAAGGUUUCUCUCCUGACCCAUACCUGUCAGGUCACGCUGUCGCCGAGACUGUCCGCGGUAUUCAAGAUGCCGGUGUCAUUGCUUGCACCAAGCAUUACAUCUUGAAUGAGCAGGAGCACUUCCGCUCCCCAGGAAACUUCCAGGAUUUUGGCUUCGUUGAUGCUAUCAGCACCAAUGUCGACGACAAGACUCUGCACGAGUUGUACCUCUGGCCCUUCGCCGAUGCUGUGCGCGCUGGUACUGGCUCCAUCAUGUGCUCCUACAACAAGGCAAACAACUCUCAAGUUUGCCAGAACUCAUACCUGCAGAAUUACAUCUUGAAGGGUGAACUUGGCUUCCAAGGAUUCAUCAUGUCGGAUUGGGACGCUCAACACAGUGGUGUCUCCUCUACCCAGGCGGGUCUCGAUAUGACCAUGCCCGGAGACACAGACUUCAACUCUGGUUACUCUUUCUGGGGGACCAACCUGACCAUUUCUGUUCUCAAUGGCACCAUCCCUCAAUGGCGCCUCGAUGAUGCUGCGACACGUAUCAUGGCCGCCUACUACUACGUCGGUCGUGACCAGGACAACACCACCACCAACUUCAACAGCUGGACUCGCGAGACCUACAACUACCGCAACUUCUACGGCAAGGCUGACUACGAGAUUGUCAACCAGCACAUCGAUGUUCGUGAUGAGCACUUCCGCACCAUCCGUUCCUCGGCAGCCAAGUCGACCGUCUUGUUGAAGAACAACGGUGUUCUCCCACUGUCUGGUAAUGAGAAGUGGACUGCGGUCUUUGGCGAGGACGCUGGCGAGAACCUGUAUGGACCUAACGGCUGCGCUGACCGUGGUUGUGACAAUGGCACUCUCGCCAUGGGCUGGGGUUCAGGGACUGCUGACUUCCCAUACCUCGUUACUCCUCUUGAGGCAAUCAAGCGCGAAGUCGUCGACAACGGUGGCCUGCUCACAUCUGUCAUCGACAACUAUGCUUACUCCCAGAUCCAGGCUAUGGCCGCACAAGUCAGUGUCGCUAUUGUCUUUGUCAACGCCGACUCCGGUGAGGGCUACAUCACCGUCGACACCAACUUCGGUGACCGCAACAACCUCACCAUCUGGCACGACGGCGACACCCUGAUCCAGAAUGUCUCUUCGCUCUGCAACAACACAGUCGUUGUGAUUCACUCCGUCGGCCCCGUUCUCGUAAACUCCUUCUACGAUUCCGAAAAUGUGACAGCAGUCUUAUGGGCUGGGCUACCUGGCCAGGAAUCCGGCAACGCCAUAGCCGACGUCCUCUACGGCCGCGUCAACCCCGGAGGCAAGCUACCCUUCACAUUCGGCACCUCCGCUGAAGAGUACGGCCCGGACCUGAUAUACACCCCGAUCGCGGGCAACGCGUCUCCGCAAGACAAUUUCGAAGAGGGCGUGUUUAUUGACUACCGCGCCUUCGACCAGAAGAACAUCACGCCCGUGUACGAAUUCGGUUUCGGCCUGUCCUACACUACAUUCUCGUACUCCAAUCUCGCGGUCCAGAAACUCAAUGCCGGUGCCUACACCCCGACGACGGGCCAGACUAGCGCAGCUCCUACCCUGGGCAACUUCAGCACCGAUCUGAAUGAAUACCAGUGGCCCGCCAACCUGACGCGCGAGGGCACGUUCAUCUACCCGUACCUGAACAGCACCGAUCUGGCCGAAGCAUCGUUCGACCCCGAGUACGGCCUGAACUACACAUGGCCCGCCGGCAGCUCCGACGGCAGCCCGCAGCCGCGCAUCCCUGCCGGUGGCGCACCCGGUGGAAACCCGCAGCUUUGGGAUGUCCUGUUCACCGUCACCGCAAGCAUAACCAACAACGGCACGCUCCCCGGUGACGAGGUCGUGCAGUUGUACCUCAGCUUGGGUGGCCCCGAGGACCCUCCCGUCGUCCUCCGCGGUUUUGAUCGUCUUUCGAUUCAGCCUAACCAGACCGUUACCUUCCGGACGGAUAUCCUUCGCCGUGAUGUGAGCAAUUGGGAGACUGAGACUCAAAACUGGGUUAUCAGCGAUUACCCUAAGAAGAUCUAUGUCGGUGCUUCAUCGAGGAGGUUGUACCUCGAGGCCGAGCUUGAUCUGUCUGAGUACCAGUCUUGAUGGUGUUGGAAC